AUGCUUUUAAUUUGAAGUAAAAAUGACGACGCACCGGCUGCCAUGACGCAUUUCCGGUAACUUCCUCUUUGGCUGAGAGUUUGAACCUUGUGGUUUGAACACAUAGCUGAACUUCCAGCUGUCCAGAUACGUGGCUCAUAAAAGGCUACAGCCAGUGACUCCCCAAGGACUACAGCAUGACAGCAGGAUCGCCAAAACACCCAUGGCCUGUCAAUCUGAACUCAGAGGAAGGAUUUCCGCCUGACUCAAUGGCACCUACAUCUUUGUUGGAGAAGUCCCGAGAUGACACUUCGCUAGGUUUCUUGACGAGAAGGUUUGCAGAGAAGCUCAGACAAUCCAUUGAUGGAGUGCUGGAUCUUAAUCUGGCGGCCCAGGAGUUUAAUAUUCCAAAGAGACGACUCUAUGACAUCACCAAUGUCCUUGAAGGGAUUCAACUCAUCAAGAAGAAGUCUAAGAGCCAAAUCCAGUGGUUGGGCAGUCAAGGGAACAUGAAAAAAGAUCAAGACAGGACGGCGCUAAUUAACGAGGAGAUGAAGCUGGAUGAGCUUAUAAAAAGCUGUGCGUUGCAGCUUCACCAGAUGUGUAAAAACCUACAAAGCCAAAGAUUUGCAUAUUUGAGUUACGAGGAUAUCGGAAGCAUACCCAGUUUGGAAGACCAGACUGUGUUUGUGAUCAAAGCCCCUGCAGACACAAAACUGGAGGUGCCACACCCAGAAGAGAGCUUUCAGGUCCACCUCAGCAGCACAGAGGGGCCAAUUGAGGUAUUCCUCUGCUCAGAUGAGCCCAUACCAAUGGACGGCCAAGGUGGAUCUGUAGUCAGUGGUGGCAACUUAAACUUGUCUGUCAAUGACAACAGCUUGGCUCCUUUCUCCCCUCACUCAUCUUUUGCCCAGGCGUCUUGUAAAGGCAGAGCUUACAAUACAAAAGGAAUCAGUUGUAUCUCCAACGCGCCGUCUGAGAUAACCUCAUCACCAGUCUCUGCCAGCCCUGUUGGCACAAUGAGCAUCUCUCACCUCACCUAGGGAUGUCAGCAGAAUUUUGUCAUCUCCAGCCUCCUCUCUAGAUGGGAAGGAGAAUGCCCUGAGACUGGCUGAGGAUGAAGGCAUCACUGAACUGGACCAAACAUAUUGUUCCCUUCUGAUUUCAGAUUUGAGCUUUUAUAUUACCACUUGUCUAUCCUGGACAACUUGACUGGGAGUAAUUAUCGCUUAGGGAUAUGGAUAUAUUGGAGUGGUCUUGUUCUAGCUUUUCUAUUCCAAAAGAUCAAGUGAAGUCUUUGACACACAUAUCUGCCGGUACUUGACAGAUAUCCUUGUCUGGGCUUUGCUGUCUUGACACAGGACUGUAUUUAGAUGCUUUCAAAUGACCUCAAUAAUCACAUUAAUAAUAGCUUGAUCAUAAAUUGAUUUUGACAGAGAAAGAACAAGAGAAGUACAAUUUAAGAGCAAUAAAAAUCCUUUCAUGAACCUCAGGGCCUAAUUCAUGAGAGGAUUGUGCUGCUUUGUCAUCGUUAAACCUGGGCAGGUGAGCCAAGAUGACACUCACGAAGCACACACAAAGGGUUAAAUGUUCUACAAACUGCUCUGUUGUUCACAUACAUUUCAAUGAGCCAUUAUAAAAGCAUUUGGACCAAAACAGUCCCUUUUAUAUGCAAAUAACCUCUAAUUCACUAACACUGGUGCUAACAGCCUGCAGCAGUUAGUGACAUUUUUACCAUAUGUUAAAAGUUUAUGAUAGCUGUGCAAGAGCAUUAAGAAAUGUUGUUACACUUAAUCUAUAUUUUUAUGUACUACCCUGCAUACAGUGGUGAUGUGGCCGUCAGCUCAGUCGCAAUCAGACACGCUGUAAUUUGAAUGGGAAAAUGUAGCAAACUCUCCCCCAUGUGUAAAAAAAGUUAGGAGCAGCCAUGGGAGGUUGUGCUGUGUUAUCUGUCCUCUUAGUUUGUUACCAAUAUUAACAGAUUGUUUACCAUUAAAAACACUGCAUUUUAACACAA